GUUCCUCCCACUCAUCUCUCCGCACUUCACGAGCUCUCUGUGCAAACAUCUGCCCUCUCUGAUGAUCUACAGGACACUUCAGCUCUCCAGCGCGCACAAUCUCCUUACAUCAAACCUCGGAUCAGCAAGACAUGACCCUCCGUUAUAUCGCGCCCUUGGUCGUGGGACUGAUCGUCCUCGCGUGCAAAACAUGGGGCGCAGUGGAUGUGAGCACGGAAGACAGGGUGGAUGUAUAUUUAAAAGACCAAGUCAAGAUCCCCUGUGUGUACAUUCUGAAGGAACCAGCAAUGAUGAUAGUCUGGUUUACGAAAUUGCCAGGCAAGGACCAAAGCAGGAUAAGAAUCUACUACUAUGAUAAUCAGACUGAGAUCAUCGAAGAGGGCAGUGAUUAUGCCGGGAGGAUCCAAGUCAGUCACUCUCAUGACGCUCAGAAUGCUGCCGGAAGCGCCGUUCUGACCAUUGACACGGUGGAACUGAGUGACCAGAGGGAGUUCAUCUGCAUGGUGCACAAUGUGUUGAAGGACAGUGGUGAAGGACACACUCGUCUCCAAGUAUUCAACUCGCCAUCUCUGCCUGUGAUUGAACUUACACACACAGGGAUUUCUGUUACUGAAGAGGAGCCAUCAAAGGUUGCAAAAUGUAAAGUUGACAACGGGUAUCCUAGACCCAACAUCACAUGGUACAAGGACAGAUUCCCUCUCCAACCCUCAAAUGGUGAGAUAGAGAUCAAGGAGUCAGUGACAGUCAAAACCAGUGGCCUGGUCGCAGUUGAGAGUCAACUUUUCAUGAAGGUGAAAAGGGAAGAUGAAGAUGCCAUUUUUUACUGUGAGGUCCAAUACUUUGUCCCUGGUGCAUCAAAAAUGGCAGAGUCCAAACCAAUCGAAAUCCAAGUUUUUUACCCUACAACAGAGGUAACACUGUCCAUAAAUCCACCCGACAGGCUUAUAAAAGAAGGCGACACCGUGGAGAUCCAUUGUGAGGGAAAUGGAAAACCUCAGCCCAUUUUAAGUUUCACUUUCAAACAUGAAGAGAUGUUGGGUGAAGAGAAUGGAAUACGGAUUCUGGAAAACAUCACGCGAUCAGACAGCGGGACGUAUGAGUGCUUGUCAUUAGACCUUGACACAGGCAAUGACGCUGAGGGCUCCAUCAAUAUCACAGUACACUAUCUGGAUCAUAUUGUGGUGACACCAGAGGAGACAGUUCUGGACCAGAUGCAAGAUCUCACCUUAACCUGCAAUGCCCUGUCUUCUUUACCCACAUACACAACAUGGAUUAAGGAUGGCUGGUCAGAAGUGGUAGAGGGGCAUGUUUUGGAGUUACACAAUGCCUCCUAUGACACCGCUGGGAUGUAUACGUGUGAAGUGAUGGUCCCUUCCCUGCGUGAGCUACGAGAACAGAAGUCUGUGCAAAUCAGUGUGCGAGGAAAGCCUAAGAUAGCAGUGGGUUCGACCAAUAAUGCGGACCGUCCUGUUAACCUGACCUGCCAUGCAGAAGGCUACCCAAUCCCCAAUAUCACCUGGACACUCUCUGACCGAUGGACUGGCAAGCCUGUCCCUGUGCUGAAUGUGGAGACCCAGAGUACAGACACUGGUGUUCUCAGCAUGAUCUCUGUGAAGGCCACGUCUGCACUCACAGCCAACUGCAGAGCCGACAAUGAGAUCGGGACAGACACCGGUUCUCUCAGCAUUGAUGCAAUUGCACGUGUGACAACGACAACCCAAGCCAUCAGCCCUAAAGGUGGCAGUGGAGUAGCCAUCGCAGUCAUCAUCAUCUGCCUGCUCCUCAUAGCCAUACUGGGCAGUGUGCUCUACUUCCUCUACAAGAAAGGAAGGCUGCCCUGCGGACGCUCGGGAAAGCAGGAUUUCACGAAGGAAAAGGCCAGCAAGGAUGAUAUUGUGAUGGAGAUGAAGAGCGGUAAAUCUGAAGAGGCGGUGCUUCUACAGGGAGUCAACGGAGACAAAAAGUCACCUACCGAAUAGGUCAUUGCUUCUGAGCAAAGAUUCACAUUACUAGCUCUUUUACAGCCCACUGAACUCAAAUCCAAUCUUAAACAAGACCCAAGAUUUAUAAGGCUGACACACAACGUGCCACGAAAACCUGAUGAUCUUUCCUUUUUUAAUUAGAGUCAAAGACUGAAAACUACAUGGACAAGUGGAGAGACGCUAGCGGCCUCUGUCCUACAGCGCUCCGUCUCAGGGUCAAUCCCAACAUGGAGGCGCAAAGACAUCACAACAUGUCCACAUUUUCCCCUCUACUUGAAUUCCUAUUCAAUUCUACUUUUUUCUGCCCAUGUUUUGUAUUUGACCUGCUAAUCUGAUUCAAUAUACAGCAAGCCGAUCCAAAAGAGCACCAAGUUCAUCAUGAACGAGCACGCUCCCGUAUUUCCAAAUUGUACAUAUAUAUAUAUAUAUAUAUAUGAAAUACUGUAUAUAUUUAGCUAUUUAAAAUGCCUGAAACAACAUUUGAAAGAUUGUGCCUGAAUAUCUUUUUGAUAAUGCAAGUCCCAUUGUUUAGGGGCAUUUGACAAGUGCCGAAGAAUAGUUUUUUGCUAUGUGCCGUCAAUGUGUUUUGAACCUGCUCUCACCUCUGCCACAUCAUAGUCCAUGCACUGAAACACUAAGAUCCGUCUUCACUACUGUAAACAUUCUUCUGGAUCAGCGCUGAAAAAAUGCCCAAUGAUGAAGCUUGAGGGCAAUUUCUGGACAGAUACAUUUGUCAGGGAAAGUCUCUGACAUGUUUGACCUUUUUCUAAAUAUGUAAGCAAAAUGUUGGGUCCAUGUCAUGCCUAUGUUUUUUUUUAAUUAUUAUUAUUAGCUAUAUCAAAUUAAGUUCCUUAUGUUCACUGUGAGAGCUGAGUGAGUUACAUUCAUGCCAAAGUUUGAGCUAAAAAUGUCCCUAUGUCCUGAGAGAAAUGGAAGUUCCCUGUAGAGUUCAGCUGUAUUUUGCCAUUAUUUUUUUACUGCAGUGACCUGCUGUCCUCAUCUUGCACUGAAUGUAAAUAUUAAAAGAAAUACAUAACCAA